GCCGGCGUUUUGGUGGCGAGCGAGGGAUGUGAAGGUCCGAUGGAUGCCGUUGAGGCUUUGGAUUGUUGGGUACGCGGUGCAGUGUGGAGCUCAUAUGGUUUGUGUUUGUAUUGAGUAUCGGAGGAGGAACCAAAGGAGGACUGAGGGGGGGAGAGGAGGGGAGGGGAGUUCGGGGCCGAGCUCGCCGAGGGAUUUGGAGGAAGGAGGAGGGGGAUAUGAUAGUGAGCAGAGUCAAGACGAGGAAGGAACUAGUGUUGCUAAACAUCUGGAGUCUGCAAACACAAUGUUCUCAUUCAUAUGGUGGAUUAUUGGAUUCUAUUGGGUCUCUGCUGGUGGCCCAGCAUUGACCCGUGAUGCACCUCAACUAUACUGGCUAUGCAUAGUUUUCCUGGCAUUUGAUGUCUUCUUUGUUGUUUUCUGUGUGGCCCUGGCAUGCGUCAUUGGUAUUGCUGUUUGUUGCUGUCUGCCAUGUAUCAUAGCAAUUCUUUACGCUGUAGCAGACCAGCAGGAAGGAGCUUCAGAUGAAGACAUUCGCCAACUUCCUAAGUACAAGUUCCGGAGAACCGGUGAAGAUGAGAAACUUGGUGGUGAUGUAUCGAGAUCAUCUGGUGGGAUAAUGACUGAGUGUGGUAGUGAUCCUCCACAUGAGCAAGCUCUUCCAGCUGAGGAUGCGGAAUGUUGCAUCUGCCUCUCUGCCUACGACGAUGGGGUGGAACUUCGGGAGCUCCCCUGUGGGCAUCAUUUCCACUGUGCCUGCGUCGAUAAGUGGCUUUACAUCAAUGCCACAUGUCCUCUAUGCAAGUACAAUAUCAUAAAGAGUAGCAAUCUCGGAAGGGAGGAUGCAUAAAUUGAGGCAAUUCUACUUUCCUCUGAGAUGUGUUUGUGAUAUCUAAAGGUGUAUGGCUGCAAGUUACGUUCUUUCGUGCUGUUGUCGAUAGCUUUGUUAUUGGUUUGAAAACUACAUGUUUUACAAAAGCUCUUUGUAGCCUUGUAGCGUACUUGGUUUGAAGAUUUGACAUAAUUUUGAGAUUCAUAGCCUCACUGUAGAUAAGGAGACCUCUGUAAUAAAUAGUUAUGGAUUCAUUACCCGGUGUGAAGUCACACCAACUGUGCGGUGUUGUGCUUGA